UGUAAACUUGAGCCAGACCAGGAGGAGUUAGCAAGUUGCAGGGUAGGCUCCAGCCCCAGGCAGGAGCUCCAGGGAACAGUCACUCAAGAAGGCUUCUUGCUUUCUCCCACCUCAAGAAAAAAGAGGAAAGUCCAAUUCAGACUUGGAUGGAGACAAAUGAAGGCUUGUGAAGCAAGGACCCAGUCUCCCGGCGAGUGAACCGCUUCCACACAGGGCCACUGGGACUCGCGUCCCUCCUCCCCACAUUCCACCGCUGCUCCAGUCCUCACAAUGUGUUUAUCGAUCACCCAAGAAUCUCAAGCUUUGAGACGAGGAGGAAACACCCGUUAACUCUCCAAGACGGCUGCAUUUCAUAAAUUGUAAGGAAACAAAACUUUUUCCUCCCGGGAAUCUGUGAACAUGCCCCUCUCCCGAGGAAGUGAACAUUGAAGAGGCACUUUCUCAGGGACCCUCAGGAACCACACACAUUUGGAUCAGGCUGUCCCUGCCAGGAAAACCAUGAGGAAGCCGCUGCUUCUUCACUUCUGGUGCCCGUGGCUGCUGUUACUUCCCUGCAGCUUUCAGGUGUGUGGAGCCCAUGCCAGGUCGCAGGACCAUCCAGGGUUUGAGGUGUUGGCUUCUGCUUCCCAUUACUGGCCACUGGAGAACGUGGACGGGAUCCAUGAACUUCAGGAUACAACUGGAGAUAUUGUAGAAGGGAGGGUCAACAAAGGCAUUUACCUCAAGGAGGAAAAAGGGGUCACUCUCCUCUACUACGGCAGAUACAAGACAUCCUGCAUAAGUAACCCGGCGCGCUGCGGCCCUGAAGGGGUCACGUUUUCUUUUUUCUGGAAGACACAAGGAGAGCAGGCCAGACCGAUCCCUUCUGCCUAUGGUGGACAGGUCAUCUCCGAUGGGUUCAAGGUCUGCUCCAGUGGCGGCAAAGGCUCGGUGGAGCUCUACACUCGGGACAACUCGAAGACAUGGGAGGCCACCUUCAGCCCACCGGGUCCCUACUGGACUCACGUCCUAUUUACAUGGAAGUCCAAGGAUGGCCUGAAAGUCUACGUCAAUGGGACCCUGAGCACCUCUGACCCAAGUGGAAAAGUGUCUCAUGCCUACGGGGACUCUGAUGUCAACCUGGUGAUAGGGUCUCAGCAGGACCAGACCAAGCGCUAUGAGAAUGGGGCUUUUGAUGAGUUCAUCAUUUGGGAGCGGGCCCUGACCCCAGAUGAGAUCGCCAUGUACUUCACAGCUGCCAUUGGAAAGCAUGUGUUGUUGUUGUCAACGCUGCCAAGCCUCGUUGUGACAUCCACAGCAAACACCGUGGUGCCCACAGAUGCCUACCAUCCCAUCAUAACCAAUCUGACAGAAGAGAGAAAAAACUUCCAAAGCGCCAGAAUUGUGCUGAAUUACCUUCAAAAUGUGUCCCUCACCUUACCCAAUAAGUCCCUCUCAGAGGAAACAGCCCUGAACCUCACCGAGACGUUCUUAAAAGCGGCGGGACAGGUCCUUCUACUGCCCAGUUGGAACGAUGUGUCAGAGGAUGGCAGUGUGGUGCUGGGCUUGGUCAAUACCAUUGAUACCGUCAUGAGCCACAUAGCUUCCAAUCUGCAGGCCAGCGAGCCCCAGGUCAUCAUUGCGGGCUCUUCCUCCAUGGCAGAGUUCACUGUGGCCAAAGUUCUGCUCAAGGCCAUGAACUUCUCCCACUACCGCUUCCCAGCCCACGGGCAGAGCUACAUCGAGAUUCCCCAGGAGGCCUUCUGUGGCCAAGGCUGGGCCACCAUCGUGGGGCUCCUCUACCACACUGUGCACCGUUACCUGAGCAGCAUCCCACCAGCCACCACACGGAUCGCAGAGGCAGCUAGCUACAAAGGCUGUUUGCUGUCUGCUGCCAGCGCCCUCAUCUCCCUGGAGGUUUCCCCGCCACCGACACUGUCCCAAAACCUGUCCGGGUCUCCUCUCGUCACCAUCCACCUCAGGCACAAGCUGACUCGUAAGCAGUACAGUGAGGCCACCAAUGGGAGCAACAAUGUCUUCCUAUAUUGUGCCUUCCUGGACUUCAGCUCUGGAGAAGGUGUCUGGUCAAACCGGGGCUGUGUGCGCAUCGAGGGAAACCUUACCUACUCCACCUGCCACUGCACUCACCUCACCAACUUCGCCAUCCUCAUGCAGGUGGUCCCACUGGAGCUUGCGAGUGGACACCAGGUGGCACUGUCGUCCAUCAGCUACAUCGGCUGCUCCGUGUCCGUGCUCUGCCUGGCUGCCACACUGGCCACCUUCGCCGUGCUGUCCUCCGUCAGCACCAUCAGGAACCAGCGCUACCACAUCCACGCCAACCUGUCCUUUGCCGUGCUGGUGGCCCAGGUCCUGCUGCUCAUCAGCUUCCACCUCGAGCCAGGCUCGGCCUCCUGCCAGGUGAUGGCCAUACUUCUGCACUACUUCUUCCUGAGCUCCUUUGCGUGGAUGCUGGCGGAAGGGCUGCACCUCUACAGCAUGGUGAUCAAGGUCUUUGGGUCAGAGGACAGCAAACACCGCUACUACUAUGCCAUGGGAUGGGGCCUCCCUCUUCUGAUCUGCAUCAUUUCAGUGUCGUCCGCCAUGGACAGUUAUGGGACCAGUGACAACUGCUGGCUGUCGCUGCGGAGUGGCGCCAUCUGGGCCUUCGUUGCCCCUGCCCUGUUGGUCAUUGUGGUCAACAUUGGCAUCCUUGUUGCUGUGACCAGGGUCAUUUCACAGAUCAGCGCAGACAACUAUAAGAUACACGGAGACCCCAGUGCCUUCAAGUUGACAGCCAAAGCGGUGGCUGUGCUGCUGCCCAUCCUGGGAACCUCAUGGGUAUUUGGUGUCCUCGCUGUCAAUGACCGGGCUGUGGUCUUCCAGUACAUGUUUGCCAUACUCAACUCCUUGCAGGGACUUUUCAUCUUCCUCUUUCAUUGUCUCCUGAAUUCAGAGGUGAGAGCUGCCUUCAAGCACAAAACCAAGGUCUGGUCCCUCACGAGCAGCUCUGCCCGCAACAUCAAUGUGAAGCCCUUCCACUCGGACACUAUGAAUGGGACCCGGCCAGGCACAGCCUCAACCAAGCUUAGCCCUUGGGACAAGAGCAGCCAUUCUGCCCACCGAGUGGACCUGUCUGCUGUGUGAACUGAGAGGCUGCUCACCAGCCAGGCCUGCUGCUCGAAACAACCCCCUGCCCCAAGUAGAACAAAGCAGACUCUCCACCUUCCCCCAUGGGACCCUCUUUGCUCUGCUGUCUGGAUGUGGAGGUGGUGGCCCUGAACUGGCAUCCUCACCUAUGCCUCUGUUUGAUCCCACUGCUCAGAUGCCCAGAUGCUCAGAAGCCUGAUGCCCAGACUGGCAUGGUCAGCAGGGCGUGAGCCCCGCCUUUGGCCUGAGUGACUCAGUGACUGGCUUUUGGGAACCCCUGGACUGCACAGUGGCCCGAUGUGGGGCUGUGCAUGAGCCUCCCUGUGUUGUGCAAGUGCAUAGGGAGGGGACCCAGUGGGGCAUGAGCUCAUGGGAAAGGAAGCUCCACCUCGGUGCCUCCAUGGAGACUUGGGGACCCAGAGGUGGUUAAAGUCCCCACACACCGAGAGUAAAGUCCCCACCCUUGAGAGUAAGGUGCAGGCAGCUGGAGGCAUGUGGCAAAGGUUCUCAGUCUGCUGAGUUCACCCAACAAGCUCCCAAAGGCGGCGCCACCGAAGUGCUUGUUGGGCUGAUCUGGGCACCUAGGUUGGGUCCUCCACCCAAGCUCAGAGCUGCAGGCUGGAGUCACCAGCUGUCCUGGGAGGAGUGGGUGUGGCGACCCACCCCUGUGAGGAGCUGGGCAAGCCCCAGCCAGCAGCAGGGCUUCCUGGCUGCUGAUGGCACCAUUGCUCCCAGGGCUUUUCAGACCCUCCCUUGUGAGUUUCCACUCUUUGGGCCCAGGGUCAGCAGGAAGAGACCCCUGUCUCCUAGGACAUGCCCUUCUCUAUUGUUCACAGGCUGCAGGGUUGACUGCCUCCCUACCUUCACCUCUUCCUGUGUCUAAAGCUCUUGGUUUCCCAAGUCAUCACUCCCCUGGAGCAUUUCCUUCUCAUCAGCACUUAGCUCUGUUUGCAGCGAGCAGAUUUCAGAGCAGAUUUGUGCUGCAGCUACAUGAUGGCUAUUUCAUAUCGCUGCAAAGGCAGACCCCGCCACAGGCUGCUUAAGUCCCACGUAGCAGACCCACCCUGAGUCCUGGCUGGGGGUAGGGGGUGACAGCCACUGUGCCUUCUGUGUUGAUGUUGAAUUGUGGACAGGGGAUGGCUGUUGCAGCUCUCAUGGACAAGUCCCUGUAGGACACAAGGUUUAGGAGCAUAGAUGUGAAUAAAGACCCCGUUAAAAUAUUUGGAAAUAGGCCAUGAAAGAGCAAACUGUGACGACAGCACUAACGGUGUUUGUGCAAUGUGUGGAUAGGACGUUGAGAACUGUUUUUAAUACUGGAAAAUCUUUUAAAACUGUGAUCAUAAUUUCCUUAGGCCCUUUCCCCAGCUCACAUGGCUGCUUCAUUUCAGUUUUCUACAUAGUUCUGUGGCCUUUAGCUCAACCCCGAUCACCCUGAGAGUAACAGUCACCCCGAGACCUCACCUCCCUGCCAUGGUGGGGGACGUGGGGCAACAUGUCUGCAGGGUCAGUCCUGCUCUUCUGCCUGGGUUGGGCCCCACACACUGUGGCUGUACCCCUGUGGCCAGGCUGUGGGGGCUGGGGCUGCUGCAGAGACCACGUGUUCAGUGAGGCGUCCCAUGUGCCUGCUGCACCCCCCACUCCAGGUUCUCCUGUGGCUCCAGAAACCGAGUCACAGGGAACAGUCUCAGAUCCCUGCCACGCCCACGAGCACCGAGAAGUGAGAACACUGUAUUCCUAUGAUUUAUACUUGGAUAUGUUUUUCUUGUUUAGUUUCUGGUGAAGUGAGUCCAGUAAGGAACUGUAUUUCAGAUGGACUUCUGCGUUUGUUUAACUGUCACCAUUUUCACUCUCUAUAGCUAAUAUAUCAAGAGAAACAAUGAACAAAACCUGUCUAAACCUUUUAUUUCUAAUGAAUGAAAGUCAGCACUUUAUUUAUAGGCUGUGUAUGUUGGCUUCAGCAAUACAUUAUUAUCUACACGUAAUUUGGCCAAAAAUAAGAAAUUGGAAGGAAUUGUGUGUUUAGUUUGCAGUACAAGAAAGAUGAUGAAUGCCACGUAGUGAAAAUAUGUUGUGAUUUUUAUGAAAUAAAAUCUUA